AACGUCUUGAACAAGAACCAAUGGCAUGUCGGAACGUCCUGUGUUUACGAUAUAUUGAGGCGAAAAAAUCGUUAAUAAAGAAGAAUUUAAGUAAAUAACGAUCUUGAGUUUCUAGUGCGUUUGCAAACAGUGGCACUGGUAAAUAAGAAAUAAUCGAUUAAAAAGAAGAAAAAUAUAACCUAAAGAAAGGAAACACACUCAUGCGGGCCAAAGCCAGGUGCAAGCGAUAUCACUUCCGCCUGUUAACGAUCCAUUUUUUUCCAUGUGUCUGAACGGAUAAAAAACAAGUGGAGCCCCCAAUAAGUACAAAUUUCUAACCCAUUACGACUAGGUGAGACGUAUCAUGUCCGACCAAACAGAUCAACCAUGUCCGACCUCGUUGUUCAUCACCGAGGCAAAUGUUUUUUCCAUGGCUUGGACAUCUUCGACAAUGGGUAACGACGAAGUCAUCCGUUCCUAUAGCAACGGAACGUCUGUCAUGAAAUAUUUGGAUGACAAGUGUGCCACGAGAGCAGAAACUGAAAAGAGAAACAAAAGCAAAUCCAGUUUCCGUCACAUUCCACACAUUCCUCACAGUGUCCGUCCAGCGUUCCAGGUAGCCCGGAGAAAUGCACGAGAGAGACGUCGCGUUCAGUCGGUCAACGUUGCCUUUUCCAAACUUCACCAAGUCGUCCCAGCGGAAUUUGGAGAACACGAAGGAAACACGACAGACAAAACCAAAAUUUGCGAAGAUGCAAGAGCGCGGCGUACCAGUAAGGUCUCAAUUUUGAAACGAGCAAUAGAUUACAUCAAACUACUUGAAGAAGUUUUGCUGAUUCAAAACCAAGCUGCAGUCAUAUCCUAUGUCGCCUAAAGCCAACAAUGGAAUCUAAUGAAAGCUUAACUUGCCCAUAUCAACAAAGUAAUUCAGGAUUUAAGCUGAAGUAAAAUUUCUAUUUUAUUGCCGUCAUUAGUGAAUGCAAUGUAAAUAAUUUGGAAUGAUUGUCUGUAUCUGUUUAAGCUCUGUUUCUUUAAUCCUAGAUCAAGACGGAAAUGUUGAAAGAAUGACGCGUACCCGAGAUCGUGAAUGGGUUUAGGUUUUGCUCGUUAUCAUACAAUCUUAGACUCUACGAUGAGGUUCGUCAAUGGUCAUAGUGUUACGAACCAAAGUCGAACAAUGUUAUCAGCACCAUAAAGUUAAAUCGCAUUUAGCCUACCGAUCUCCAACGACAUAGCUGUGUCAGCAAUCAAAAUAUUCAAGGUUGUACUUAUCGCUCUCACAGACACACACAUUCCGCUCUAAUUUUGUUUUAAAGUUAUCAGCAACUCUCUUCUGUUCAACCGCAUAAACGUGUAGAGUCUCUUAUUGUGCAAUAAAUUGGUGAAUCUGGUAA